AUGUUAAUAUUUAUCAUAGUCUGCGCAUUAUCUAUCUCAGGCUGUCAUAUCUAUCUAUCUAUCUAUCUAUCUAUCUAUCUAUCUAUCUAUCUAUCUAUCUAUCUAUCUAUCUUAAGAGCGAUAAAUAUGGAUAACACCUACAUCUGUUCAAAAAAAGAACGUAAGCAGAAGGAAGAAAAAAGAAGUUUUUUCCAGGUUGAAUCAUCAUCUGUGAAUUAUUCUCUCUCUUUCUCUCACUCUUUUUCUCUUUCCCUCUCUCUUUCUUUCUCGCGUUUUCUUUCUCUCUCUCUUUCUCUCCCUCUCUCUGUCUUUUUCUCACUAUCUAUCUAUCUAUGUCUUUCUUUCUCUCUUUCUCUGUCUUUCCCUUUCUGUCUUUCUCUGUUUGUCUUUCUCUUUCUCUCUUUCACUUUUCUCUCCCUGUCUCUCUCUCUCUCUGACUUUCUCUCUUUUUCUGUCUCUCUAUAUCUUUUUUUAUCUCUCUGUAUUUCUCUCUCUUUCACUUACUGUUUUUCUAUCCCCCUUUCUGUCUUUCUCUCUUUCUCUUUCACUUACUUUUUCUCUCCCAUUUUUUCUCUCCGUCUUUCUUUUUCUUGUCUUUCUUUAUCUCAUUCUCUUUCUUCCUCUCUCUCACUUUUCUCUCUUUAUCUUUCUCACUCUCUCUCUGUUUUUCUCUCUCUCUGUCUUUCUGUUUCUUUCUCUAUUUCUCCCAUUCUUUCUGUCUUACUUUCUUUAUCUUUCUCUCUUUCUUUCUGUCUUUCUCUCUCUCUCUUUCACUUUUCUCUCCCUGUCUUUCUCUCUGACUUCCUCUCUUUUUCUGUCUCUCUCUAUCUUUUUUCUCUCUCUGUAUUUCUCUCACUUUCACCUACUGUUUUUAUAUCCCCCUUUCUGUCUUUCUCUCUCUCAUUCUUUCUCUCUCCGUCUCUCUCUCUCUUUCUCUCUCUUUUUCUGUUUUUGCUCUCUCUUUCGGUCUUUCAAAUUCUCUCCAUUCUUUCUGCCUUUCUUUCUCUCUCUUUCUCUUAUUGUUUUCCUCUCUUUUUCGCUCUCUUUCUGUUUUUCUCUUUAUCUUUCUAA